AUGGCCCGGUCGAGACCGUACCUUGGCGCUCCACUCCACACAGCAAAUGAUCAGGUUUUAACCAACAACAACAAUGGCAGAGGCAGAGGUCCCAGUGCGCAUGACCUCUGCCGACAGCCCGGUCUGUCACAGAACCCUGAAAUGUUGGCAUUUGUUAUGAUGCGAAAAUCUAAUAACACAUGCCAGAAUUUGAUGUGGCCUCCGUGUUGGUCCGGCGCAUUUACCACGUGGCUCUUUUGAGGGUCACUUAGCUCAAACACGUACAUCUAAUCGAUGCAAGCCACCAAGUCGACGCCAACGAAGCCUUUUAAGUUAUCCACGGGGAGCCAGCACACUAUUCUAAAGGCCUAUGCAAACUGGCGCGGGCAUCAUACGAGGCAGUGGUUAUUCGGUUAGCGAAUUCAGAGCUCUUUUGUCGGAAGGUGCUGAUAGAGGCAGCCCGUCUUCCCUGGCCGAAUCCAGGUGGUGAUUACACGCCGCCCCAACACCCUGAGAACAUUCACACGCACUCCGUGUGUUCGACACACAGACAGCGUUCCCAGUCAAACGCGAACCCCUCCCUUUCCCCUCUAUCCAAGCUCCACCGUCCUUAACACACUGACUCCGUCAUGCAUGCGGCAAGGGAACAACGAAUCUGACUAACCCUGCCCCGAAACGCAUGUAAAUCCUGUCCACAAUUCAUAAGUUCAUCAUCCAUGUAAUUGUACCUGCCUGAUGAUGAAUUACUAAAACCGUAUGUUUACAACAUUAUUUUUGAAACGCAACAUGGGAAUUUUCGCAGAACACUCCAAAAUGACCUGAUAUAAGUAACGAAAUUCACUCGCUCUCCUUAGUGUCUUCUCGAACAACCCUUGGACUGCAGGUUCCCGCUUUUUUUGGUGGAGCUCUGAAAGUAAAGAUCUCUGUAUGGUUCAAAAGUCUUGAAAAUGACAGGCGUACAUAACUAGGGAUGAACUUAUCUGGAUCGUCAUCUUGCAAAAAAGACAUAUCAAACCAACUGCAGGAUCUGAUGGUCAGUGGCAGUUGUCCACAUCCACUGGAUGACAGUUAUGACCCCAGUUAUUAGACACUCCCGCGCUUAUUAUUUAUAACUGGGAGCGUUCAAUAGUUCUGUCAGGAACCGGCCCCUUCACGGACGGUUAUAUCACGAAAGAGGACACAACGUAUCACUGGGGUUUGCCUUAAAAGUCUGUACCCCUAACAGAGAGUUGAUCCUUGAUUGACCUUGAGCAUGAACUUAGCUCUGAGGACAUGUUUCGGCUAGAUCGCAGUUGGUAGCCAGGAAUGGGGACGCGUACGGCGCUCUGAACCCUAAUCCUAACCUUAACCCUAGCCCUAACCUCAACCUUAUACGUUAACCGUUAACCUUAACGGCAACCCUAAUCGAAAUCGUAAACGCAACCGUAGCCCUUAGACACAGCCGUAACUGGAAAACCUAACCGGAAUACUGAAGCCUAAUCGUACGCUCAAACCUUAAUCGUAACCCGAAAAUCUAAGCCUAAAGGCAUAACCCUAACCCGAAAAUCGGAAGACAUUAACCGGUACCCUAAUCCUAACCUCAAUCGUAAAACGGAAGCCAGAUGGGUCAGAUGUGAUCAUGGAAUUCCAUAAAAUAGCCCCAGUAAACAAAUCCCCACGCCACCUGUAAUACGGGCCCGGCUACCAACUGCGAUCUAGCCCAUGUUUCAGUGGCACCUUUCAUACAAUCUUCGUGGUCACUCGAUCAAGCUACGGACAACAAUGUCCAGGCUGAAUCUUCGUUCUGAAUUUUUCACGCAAAUGGUAGUGGAAAAAUGGAACGAUCUCUCUAAGUCAACCCUCGACAGUCUGAAUAUGAGCUUUCUACCCCGCGACCCCGCAACUUUUGCCUCUGAGACAAUGUUACUCAGACGAAUCAUGCACUGUUUAAAUAACGAUAUUUUCAUUGUUCGUGUACAGUUAGUUCUAGCGAGCUGACAUGUAACCAAUAGGGUUUUCAAAGGCUCUGCCUUUUAUCCUUACCAAAUAAACUAAACUGACCCCACAUAUGCCGUGUCUACCUCACUAGUCCUCCUGGCCAUUCUUCUCGGAGAUUUGUUUUCGAUAUCUGGGCCAGUUGCCUCUACGCCACUGAAAGGACUAGGCCGAGGCUGAUACACUUAGCAACCGGUCGAAGUUGUCAAUCCUCCUGAUGUAAGCAUCGACGAUGACUGACAGGUGGCGAGACACUGACGUAGUUCGACUGGAUGGACUGCCUAUCGGAUGGGACUCGUCUGUAAACCAUAUACGCCGUGUGGGAGCACACAUUGAGGUUUAUUUGUACAGGAGACCCAUGUUGUAGUUGUACGAUCACUCCAGAUCCUUCGGUGCAGUUGGCUUGUGGCAGUUCGCGUCUCCUUGCCCUCCGCCUUUGUCACGCUGCUUUCCUGUCCGCCUCACACGCCUUGUCGAUACGCUGUUGGGACGCGCGAGGCUUGUCACUAGCCUCGCAAAUGCUCCAGGCCAACCAACGCUGUUCCCCUUCUGAUUGGCUGGCGGGCGCGGAGACAACGAAGGGUUCACACACGCGCUGGGUCACAGCACCUAGAAGGCGGACACGGACUACACAACUGGCUUGGAGAGCGCGCUCGUGGCGACCGCUUACGGAGCUUCGUAUACACACUUCCACAGCACUAAAGGUUGUCCAACUAAAUCCGUCUUCCUUGACUUUUGAUUUGGGAAUCCCUGUCCUGUUGACCACAAAACUUUCGACAUCCUCAGCCGCAGAUGCACUGUCGGCAAUUAACACAUACGAAGAUGUAGCAGAAUAAGCGACGCUAAAUGGGGCAGGUGCUGCAGGCAUGACCACGGUGCUAACAAGUCGCCAUAGUCGGUCCCCAGCAAACGCAUUGACGAACUUCAUAGAUACUUCUGAUUCGCCACGUUAGGGCACGCGAAUAAUUCUGAACCCGAUCUGCCGAUGCACUUGUAUUCAGGGUUUCCAAGAUACAAGGCGUAUAUUUUCCGCAUACGGAAAACCAUGCACUUCUCUAUGGUAUGAAGAGGAGAUCAUAUGGGGCUCAUAAAAUUUAGCAGUGGAUUUGGACCAUAUUUUAAACUUACAAACAACAUUAGUCGACGCAGAUACACGAUGCUUUAUGAACGGGCAUUUUACGGUAUUAAAAAAUCUCAUAAUUAUAAACUUUUUUAAAAACCGAAUUAUACCCUUCUUUUGAGUAUAAAAUUGGAAGAAGACGUAAUUUCUUGCCGAAUGAGCAAAGCAAGGAAUAUUUUUAUGCAUGUUUUCCAUGAAAUAUAAUUGGAUUUUCAAGGACAUCGGAAGUCAAUUAAAAAAAUUCAUGCUACUUAAGUGAUCACUUUUACAGAGUGUAGUUUAUACGUAAGGUCAGGAAGGUCUUCGUUCAAAAGCCGAUAUCUUAAGGUAACUGAGUUAUUAUAGAGUUAUGCUGCAUACCAAUCUUCCGUCUAUUAUAGGCUAGUUUCAGCGUUUCAGCAUUGUCUCCCGACUAUCCACUCCGUGAUGGCCGCUCUGGAGGCCCGUCAGCUUCUAUUAUUCACUUGUAAAUAGGGCUUUUUUUCUGGUUAGCAUCAUACAUACCAACUAUGCAGAAUUCCCUCUUUCUACGAUCGACAUUGUACUCCCGCUGGCUAACUAGUGUUCCGUCAAUUUUCAAUUCGAUUUCUGGUCCACUUAACGGUCGUGUCUACCUGAUUAAGGUAUUCGAACAGACGUUGCGGCACAUCUCGUACCGCUCGACUGCCGUCGCGUGGCCCUCUCCGACGUCCUUCUGGAAUCUCUUUAUUUUUUUUCACUUCAAGGAAUGCCAUACAUUUUCUUAUUAUCCUUCUUAUCAUUAUGUGACUAUUUUCACAGACAGACGCCUUUCUAGUUGCCUUGUCGAAAGUGGUGUCGUCGACAAGACAAAUAUUCCCAACCAUAAGUCAGGGAAGACGGAGAAAGUUGGACAACCUUUACUGUUUUGGAAGUGCUUACACAAAGGCUCUGUAGGCAGUCGCCGCGAGCGCGCUCUCCAAGCAAGUUGUGUUGUCUGUGUCCGCCUUCGAGGUGCUGAGACCCAGUGAAGCGGCCGAGAACGUUAAGGGGUGGCACACACCAGAGUAAGGAAACGCCGAGAAGAGAUCCUGGCAGGGGUAGACCUGAACAGAACUGUUAACAUUCUCGAAACUCGUUCACACACAGCAGAAGAAGAGAGUACGUCGAGUAUGGGUAUAGUGUAAGGAAACAAAAUGAUAUGGAGCAUGUAUAUAACAAAUGUUAAUGUACAUGUGCGACGAGGAACAGCGAAUAAGUGACCUGUCUGGAUGGAUAGACGACCCUGAGAUACUAGCUAAACAGCCGGUGGGGAUGCAGUGCUGUGGGCAACUGCAGGGAAGGACCGAGGGGGAGCCGACGUUGAGUGAGAGAGCGAGAGAGAAUCGAGAGCGACGGUUCGUUGCGGUAGGGGGGGAGGGGUCGGCGGUAGCGAGAGGAAGGGACACUGGCCGUCUUCGCCAGCACACAGUUACGCCAUCUCCAUCCCAGGUCUGCGCGCCAACAGUGUCACGACAUUCAAAGAAGUCUGUUCAUGCCAAGGGGCGUUACACCAGCGCGUGUGUGUGCUUUUCGUUGUCCCCGCACCCGCCAGCCAAUCAGAGGGGGGACAGCGUUGAUUGGCCUGGAGCAUUUUCAAGGCUAGUGACAAGCCUCGCGCGUCCCAGCAGCGUAUCGACAAGGCGUGUGAGGCGGACAGGAAGGCAGCGUGGGAAAGGCGGAGGGCAAGGAGACGUGAACUGCCCCAGCCUUCCUCCUUCCACGAAAUUUUCGGAGUAGAUAAACUCUAUCACUUUGUUCGCCUCUGUCGGUAAAUCUACCUGCGCUCACCUGCGCCUCCUGCUGAUCUGCUCAGACUGCGUGGUGCUGUGAUACAAAACAUAAACAUAAUAAUUAGGGGGUCUGACGCUACAUUCAGCAACGGGCGAUUUCGCACAUUCCUCAUUUACCUACUACUACUACUACUACUACUACUACUACUACUACUACUACUACUACUACUACUACUACUACUACUACUACUACUACUACUACUACGACUACUACUACUACUACUACUACUACUGUUGCUACUACUACUACUACUACUACUACUACUACUACCGCUACUACUACUACCGCUACUACUACUACUACUACUACUACUACUACUAA